CUGUGAGACCAGGAACAACAUGCUAAGCUCAAUGGAACUCCUGGUCACAGAACAUAGAUAGAUGAUCCCCAUGACCUUGCAUGCCAUUUCUAUAUUAAGCAUCUUAUCGUUUGACCACACAACAUAUACGACCAUUUUUAGACCGCGAGAAGAAGCGUCCAAUAUGUAACGUUAGUUAUCUUGGACAUCUCCCUCCUAGACCUCAUUUCGUUUAGCUGCCGCACUCAAUGGACAAUCGUAACCAUGGGCGGUGCUCGUUGCCGCGGCUCGCCGUUGGCGCCGCCGUCCUCCUCCUCGCCGUCUCCCUAGCGGCCACGCCGGCGGCGAGCCAUGCCGGGCACGAUGACACCGGCUUGCACAGCAACUACCUCGUCAUCGUGCGCAAGCCGUACGCGUACGACACGAACCUGUACAAGAACGUGUCGAGCUGGCACGCGUCGCUGGUGGCGUCGGUGUGCGACAUGGCGAAGGAGGCGCUGGAGAGGGACCCCUCCUCCGUGUCCCGGCUCAUCUACUCCUACCGCAACGUCGUCAAUGGCUUCGCCGCCCGCCUGACGCCGGAGGAGGUGGAGGAGAUGUCCAAGAACGACUGGUUCAUCCGCGCCGACCCGGAGAAGACGUACCAGCUCCAGACCACCCACACGCCGCAGCUGCUCGGCCUCAUGGGCGGCGCCCGCCGCGGCGGCGUGUGGAACACCAGCAACAUGGGCGAGGGCAUCAUCAUCGGGAUCCUCGACGACGGCAUCUACGCCGGGCACCCGUCGUUCGACGGGGCGGGCAUGAAGCCGCCGCCGGCCAAGUGGAGCGGCCGGUGCGACUUCAACAAGACGGUGUGCAACAACAAGCUCAUCGGAGCGCGCUCCUACUUCGAGUCGGCGAAGUGGAAGUGGAAAGGGCUGCGCGACCCGGUCCUGCCGAUCAACGAGGGGCAGCACGGGACGCACACGUCCAGCACGGCGGCCGGCUCGUUCGUGCCCGGCGCCAACGUCUCCGGCUACGCGGUCGGCACGGCGGGCGGCAUGGCCCCCCGCGCGCACAUCGCCUUCUACCAGGUGUGCUACGUGGAGAAGGGCUGCGACCGCGACGACAUACUGGCGGCGGUGGACGACGCCCUCGAGGACGGCGUCGACAUCCUGUCGCUGUCGCUCGGCGACGAGCAGGCCGGCGACUUCUCCGACGACCCGGUCUCGCUCGGAGGCUACAGCGCUGCCAUGCAUGGCGUGCUGGUCAGCGCGGCCGGCGGCAACACCGGCCCGGGACCGAGCACCGUCGUCAACGAGGCGCCGUGGGUUAUCACCGUGGGGGCAGGCACCACCGACCGGCGGUUCGUCGCCACCGUGAAGCUUGGAAGCGGGGUUAGCCUCGACGGCGAGUCGCUCAGCGAGCCCAAGGACUUCGGAGCCGAGAUGCGGCCGCUGGUGCACGACGUGGGCGACGGCAUGUGCACCACCGAGAGCGUACUGAGGGCGAUGAAUGUCACCGGUAAGAUCAUCAUCUGCGAUGCUGGUGGCGACGUGAGCGUCGCGAAGGCCAAGUUGGUGCUCCGCUCCGGCGCCGCCGGCAUGAUCGUCAUCGCCCCUCAGGUGUACGGUUCGGUGAUCGUCCCGAGGCCGCACGUCCUCCCGACGGUGCAGAUGCCAUUCAUGAUAGGGCAGAAGAUCAAGGCUUACAUCCGGAGCACGCCGAGCCCGACGGCGAACUUCAUCUUCAAAGGGACAGUGUUCAAAGCGAAGUCGCCGGUGGCCGCGCCCUUCUCGUCGCGGGGGCCGAACAGGCGGAGCAGGGGGAUCCUCAAGCCCGACAUCAUAGGCCCCGGAGUGAACAUCCUCGCCGGCGUCCCCAAGAUCGAGGACUUGGCGCUCGGGGCCGAGGAAGUGAUGCCCAAGUUUGACAUCAAGUCCGGCACCUCCAUGGCCGCGCCGCACAUCAGCGGGGUCGCCGCGCUGAUCAAGAACGCGCACCCGACGUGGUCGCCGGCCGCCAUCAAGUCGGCCAUGAUGACGACGGCCGAUUACACCGACAACCUCCGGAAGCCGAUAACCGACGUGGACGGCGCGCCGGCGACCUACUACGCCAUCGGCGCCGGCUACGUGAACGCGCGGAAAGCCAUCGACCCGGGGCUCGUGUACAACCUGUCGUCGCUGGACUACAUCCCCUACCUCUGCGGGCUCGGGUACAAGGACCAGAAGGUGAACUCGAUCAUCCACCCGGGGCCGGCGGUGGAGUGCGCCAAGAUGCCCAAGGUCGAUCAGAAGGAUCUCAACUACCCGUCCAUCACGGCCGUCCUGGACAUGGAGCCGUACGAGGUGAGCAUCAACCGGUCGGCGACGAACGUCGGGGCGGCCACCUCGACGUACGCCGUGGAGGUGGACGUGCCGGCGACGCUGGCGGUGGAGGUGAACCCGGCGAAGCUGGAGUUCAGGGCGCUGAACGAGGUGCUGAACUACACGGUCACCGUCAAGACGGCCUCCGGCAAGGCGCCGGCCAGCACGAUCGAGGGGCAGCUGAAGUGGGUGUCGGGGAAAAAGUACGUGGUGCGCAGCCCGAUCCUCGUCUGUGCCGGCACCGGCGGCAAGAGCGCCGCCUCCAUGGGGGCUGCACCGGCGUAGAGCACUGGUCGAGCGGAGCCUAAGAGAUAGCAGCUUGAUGAUGAUUACUAGAUUGCCACGCGUGUUAACGUUUGAUGGUGCUUUACUCUUCGCUCGGUAGGUUUAGGCUCAUGUAUGUGGAGGCUAGCGAAUUAAUCCUUUCCUCCGCGGAAGUGGGGUGACGGGUUUUUCUUGCUGUUUUUACCACUAGUGCACGCGGCUGAUCUUGACCAUUCAUUGAUUUUGUACUCCAGGGGACGAGAUGUGAUUUCAUCCCCGGCCCCUUAAUCAUGAUAUAUGUUCAUUUAUUCUUUUUUUCCUGUUUC